CAUGCACAGACUGGGUGAUUAUAUGAUUGUAAGAGACUUGUUUAAUAACAUGGUUGCGGAGAACAUAAUGCCAGAUAAUCUCACAAUGGUCAACUUGGUCUCUGCUGUGGCAGAAGCUGGAGCACUUGAUGAAGGGCGAAGAAUACAUGGCUGGAUAGUUAGAAUGAGUAUAGAAGUAGAUGCAUUUCUAGGUGCAGCAUUGAUAGACAUGUACUGCAAGUGUGGAAGCAUUGAGAGAGCUUUCAUGGUCUUCAAGUCUCUUACUGAGAAGGAUGUCACUGUAUGGACAGCCAUGAUAACUGGUUUCGCAUUCCAUGGCUAUGGAAACAAAGCAUUAGAACUGUUCGCUGAGAUGCAGAAACAUGUAAUGCCAAAUAAUGUGACUCUUGUAGCCAUUCUUACGGCUUGUAGUCACAGCGGACUUUUGGAUCUUGGGCUUAAAAUAUUCAAUACUAUGAACAAAAAUUAUGGUAUUCAGCCAGAAAUCAAGCACUAUGGAUGCUUGGUGGAUCUUUUAGGCCGGUCAGGAAGGUUAGCUGAGGCAAAAGAUGUUGUGGAGAAGAUGCCAAUGAAGCCAAGUAGGUCAAUCUGGGGAACUAUCCUGAGUGCCUGCCGGGCUCAUGGAAAUCUGGAAAUGGCAGAGACCGCCUUGACAGAGUUGCUGAAACUGGAACCCGAGAAGGAAGGAGGAUACAUAUUGUUAUCCAAUAUGUAUGCUUCAAAAGGGAAUUGGAGCUAUUCUGACAAGAUUAGAGAAUUAAUGGUUCGCAGUAGAGUAAAGAAGACUGCUGGCUGCAGUAGCUUGGUUGUUGAUGGAGCUAUUCACAACUUUGUGGCUGCAGAUAAUCAGCAUCCGGAAUGGCGGGAUAUUAAGUACGCAUUGAACAAUCUGCAUGAUAUGAUGAACAUGCAGCAAAUUUUCCUUAGGACUUAUUGCAACUGUUGCUGGAAACAUGUUGACUCUUACCAAUUAUAGAAAACUAUAAUAUAAGCUUCAAUCUUGCAACUUCAAA